AUGCAAGGUCAGGAUGUCGUUGGAGAAGGAAUGCACAAUGCAGUGUCGAUCCUGCAGGAGUACGUCCAAAGCUGUUCUGACUUUCCUCCGCAUGCACGGAUACUGAUGUGGAAUUUCGAGAACCGCAUACAGGAGGAUUCGCUACUUCAAUUCCGUGCCGUUGUGUCUUUCAUCUUCAAGGAGGUGCCGCACUUCUUUCGUGGCAGUUGGCAAACCUCCAAGAAGAAGGCACAGAGGGACACCGCCAGUGGCUCAGUCGACAGCACCGCGGAGAUGCUGCUGUCCUCCAUUCCAGAGGCCAUUCUUUUCACGAAGACAAAAGCCGCAAAAAGCCGCCGUCAAUCCCUCAGAUGGAGAAGGAAGAGCCGCCAUCGGGCCUCCGCAGUGAGGAUUUUCCAGACGGAUCGGCAAGCUGGAUCAGCAUUGGCCAUGUACAGAGGUGACGAAGAGCUGGCUGUCAAGAAACUCAAAGAGUCAGUUGUUUGGAAGCGGGACACUUUGGAUGGUUGGUUGCAGUCACAAGCUGAGAGCUUGCCAACCGCAGAAACUCGGGUCAUUGCGAUCGGCCAAGAGUCGAGGCCUUUAGUGUACUCGGGCUGCGUGAACCAGCGCCGUGGUGAAGUUGCCGGAGUCAUCUUGGCGUGUGUCUGGCACAAGGCACUAGAGGAGGCCGGGCCCACCGCGCAAAUGGACUACGUGCUGGAUGCCCACGGCUACCAACCACUUCUGAAUUUGAAUUUUAUGCCUUACCUCAACGUCGCAGGCAGCCUGAACUCGUAUUUCGCAGAACGGUUCCACCGGAUAGUUCUUGUGGAUGUGCCGACUGUGAUGUCGGUUCUGAUGAAGGCCAUUCUACCUGUGCUGCCCCAGAAGACGAGGGAGAAGCUCUUCUUCGCACGACGCGACCAGCCAGACUCGCUGAGUGCACUGAAUGAUCUUUGCGUGAACGAGGGGAUGAAGGAGAUGCUCCAACAGCUUCUCCGGAUGAACGGGGAGGACAGCGACCUCGAGCGACGGCAGAGAAGCCACGCAUUUGCUAACAAGCAAAUUCCUCGCCUCCCAGCGUGCACGUGCUGCACAGCUGAGCGGGUUCGACGCUACAUGUCCAGAAACGACAGCCAGUCAGGCCUCCAAGCUCCGCAAGGGCCAGCCCUGACGUUGGAUGAGCUGGUAAAGCAGGAGCUUUGCCAAAUGCGAGACACAAUGCAGACUGGCAGGUCGUGGCAGGGAGAACAUGUGGAGGGUGAGGUGGAGGACCGCUUGUCAGCAGUGGGACAGGAAUUCCGCAUGGUUCUUUGCUUCAAGCUGAACCGGGUGCCGCAUCAGUUUGCGGGCGCCUGGUGCGCUUCCGUGUCUGAUGCCGUGUCCGACGCCGCACAGCGCGUGCUUUGGUAUUUCGGACUGGGCACAGGCUUCCAGGGUGCAUCCCUCAGCACCACGGCGCAAGCAGCGGAACCACUGCCGCCGCAGCUGUUGUCACCGAAGGAGGUUGCCACGAGCCCAGGCGAAUCUGUGGGAAGUGAGCCACGGCAUCCAGUGGAGGACAAGACGAUAUUGAUGCAGGUUCAGAACAUGCUGCAGAAAACCUUCUCCAAGGACACCGCCGCUGGGGAAAAGGUUUGGGUGUGGACGUACGAACCAUCACCAGCUGAUCCACAAGUCUUCCGUGCCUUUGCACAGGUGCCUGCCAUUGGCCGGACCUUCCAGGGCGACUGGUGCCGAGGCAAGAAGUUUGCCCAGCGCAAUGCUUGUCUCGUCCGGCCCUCGCCAGCUCCCGGGGACAACACUUUGAGAAAGUGCGCGUCUGAGGCAGUGAAGGCCUUCCUGGAAGAGCAGGGCGUAAGUGACGUAAAGCGCUUGAUACGGGCGCAAGAAUUCAACUUGCGCAACGCUUGCGCCACAGAGGAUCUCCAGGAGAGACGAGAAUGGUUGGCAUAUGUUGGCAUGGCAGAAAUGGAGCUCCAGCAACUACGAGAGAUGCCAUCGAGUUUCGAGCGACAGGCGCCGCAGGCCGACAGUGGCAGCGGGUGCUCGAACUCCUCUGGCGCAUGCGUUGUCCACAGCAAGAGCUUCACGGUUCUGCCUGGCUUGCGGCUUGCUUUCUGCUAUGUCAAGGCCCGAACGACAACUGAGCCCGGAUGUGGCGUGCUUCGGGGUGGCGGCUGGCCGGUGCCUGUGAAAGAGCUGGACACCACGUGCUCUCUAGCAGCCUCCUGGCCGGGGGGCCCAAAGGCUGAAAUGUGCCAAGCUCCUGGUCAGAAUCCAAAGACUCUCACCAUCGGUUUCACGAAUGCAAUGACCGAAGCCUUUCGCAGAUCACGUUGGGACAGGGCUCUCCAGCACUUCAGCGAUGCAGUGGAGAUGAGGUUGGUACUGGACAUUACUGCCUACGGUGCUGCAUUGGCCGCAUGUCAGAAAGGCGCCGCCUGGCUGGAAAGCUUGGAGAUCCUCAGAAAGUUGAACAAGGCCGAGACGUUGCCGGCCAAUGCCUCUGGCUUGCUGGUUGCUUGUUCUGCUGCGCUGGGUGCCUGUGCACAUGGCGCUCAUUGGGAGCAUGCUUUGGAGCACCUCGCCUUCGCCCAGCGCCUCGCGAGCCUGAGUCAAGAGGUCAGCCAACCGUUUCUGGUUGCCCUGCAUGGAGCAGUGAGCGUCUUUGCCGAAGCCCGUCGCUGGGAGCAGGCGCUUGAACUGCUGCCACAGAUGCAGCAGGAAUUCGCUGGUCACUCGGGUAUCCCACUGACCACCUUCCGUGCUGCAAACGCUGCGGCAGCCGCUUGUGGCCGGAGCCUGGCAUGGCGAAAGGCGCCUUCUGCUGCAGGGACUCUGCGCAGAUCCGGCCUGCAAUGCAUGCUUUGUUUCCGUUUCGCUUUGUCUUUGUUCUCAGCUGAAGAUGGUGGAACCUUGGCAAUAUUGAGUCCGGCUGAAGCAGCAAGCAGAGGCCUUUUGCCUCUCAGAUAG